CUAUAUUAUUAUCCACAUGUACAGUGAUUCUUCUGCUCAUCACUCUACGCUGGGAACAGAGCGUCAAAACAGCAUCACCUAAAAUAACCAAUACCCAAAAAGAAAUACAACUCUUUACACCAACUAUAUGUUCAACUAAACUGACCAGCAACCAGCCUGAAUUCCGGCCUGUUGCAAUCAACCAUCCUUCCAUUGCAAGUCCUCGCACGCUAUCCUGUCUACUUGAGUUCACAAUCAAUGUUCCGGAAUGACGCGCCGGUGAGUGAAGCCGGGGGAAUGGAAAACAACAGCAGACGUACGCACCAGGCAACGCCGGCAUGACAAAAGAGGCAAAGAACACCAGGUCACUGCAUCCAUGAGGCUACAAACUUGCCCCUUUUUUUGUUACCAGACUCUCAAGUCUUCCUUGACUAGACCUUUGACGCUUUACAUAGUCUGUCAGGGCACAUCAGAGGGGGUAUCCCUUAUUUUUCCACAACAAGCAAGCUGCAUGUCACACCAUUAAGUGCAAAAGUGACUACUCGGUAGUCGAUAAAGAACUCCAGAAGGGCAUCCUUGUUGAUAGAAGCAACCAUCUGAAGAAUAAGCAUCAUGAUAGUUUUACAAGAAAACUAUGCAGCCCCUCCAGUUUUUACAGACCUUCACUUUUUCUCCGAAAAGAGGCAUAACACCCGGCCUUCAUUUGAUAUUGCACUUCACAUACCUUCCCUUGGCCUUGCUCUUGUGCAGAUCAUCUCCUUGGCCUCUUCCUUUCUCGCAGGACAGUUCCUACAGACAAGCUGCUCUGUGUACAUGCAAAAUUUCAGUUCGCCUUGUGAUGCAAAAUCUUACGCUAGUAGACUCAUUAGUGCAACUUGCAAAACCUUACGAAAUCAUGUAACGGAGCACCAGGUUCCUUGAGCUAUAAAUGGCCAUUCUUGCCCUCAGAAUGUUCCUUGACCAGACCACUAAUGAUGUACCAAGUCAGGGCACAGCAUAAGCAUCUGGUUUCCUUUUGUUUCAGGAAAACAUGUGAGUUGCGUGCCGUAUCAUUAAGAUUAGGAAACAAAGGUCCAUGUAGAAUUUAGUUACAACCACAAACUGGGGUGGCAGAGUCAAUCAAUUCAGUCGUUGCAAGGCGACCUACUUGCUACAAGUAACAAGUACAGAACAAGGAGGAGCACGCUCUAUAAUACUGUAGACGCAACCAGCUAAAGAAAACCAUGCAGCCACUCCAGCUUUCACGCAUGAGAUACAACGAAAAACUACCGAUAAGUUCCCUUGGCAUUGCUCUUGUGAUGCUCAUGUCCUUGGCCGCUAUCACUAGCUCCUGCACAGAGCAAGAGAAGGCCUCCCUCCUCAAGUUCCUCACUGGGCUCUCACAGGAUGGUGGCCUUGCCGCGUCGUGGCGGAAUGGCACAGAUUGCUGCACGUGGGAAGGGAUCACCUGCAGCAUGGAUGGGACGGUUACUGAUGUCUCGCUGGCUUCCAAGGGUCUUCAGGGGUAUAUCUCACCUACUGUUGGCAGCCUCGCCGGAUUGUUGCGACUGAAUCUGUCAAACAACAUGCUGUCCAGUGGACUACCACAAGAAUUGGUGUCUUCCGGCAGCAUCAUCGCCAUCGACAUCAGCUUCAACCGCCUAGACGGAGAACUGCAUGAGAUGCCAUCUUCAACCCCAGUGCGUCCCUUGAAGGUACUGAACAUCUCCAGCAAUUUGUUUGCAGGACAGUUUCCAUCCUCCACAUGGGGGGCCAUGAAAGACCUGGUCGCACUCAACGCCAGCAACAACAGCUUUACUGGGCAACUACCAACUCAUUUCUGCACCAGCUUUCCAUCCUUGGUUGUGCUUGAGCUCUCUUACAACCGAUUCAGAGGGAGCAUUCCACCUGAAUUAGGUAGCUGCUCCAUGCUCAGAGUGCUCAAGGUUGGCCACAACAACCUCAGCGGGACUCUCCCAGACGAACUCUUUAAUGCUACCUCUUUGGAGUUCCUCUCUUUUCCCAGGAGUGGUUUACAAGGAAUACUUGAAGACACAUAUAUUGCCAAACUCACUUUUUUGGUUACCCUUGAUCUUGGAGAGAACAACUUCAGUGGCAAGAUUCCAGAAUUUAUAGGCCAUCUCAAGAGAUUGGAGGAACUCUAUUUGAACAGUAAUAUCAUGUAUGGGGAGCUGCCAUCAACUCUAGCAAACUGCACAAAUCUCAUAACCAUCAACCUCAACUGCAACAAUUUCAGCGGACAACUCACCAAGGUCAAUUUUUCUAGCCUACCCAAUCUAAUGUCUUUAGAUCUUAUGCGGAACAACUUCGAUGGCACAAUUCCAGAAAGUAUAUACUCUUGCAGAAAACUAAUUGCACUGCGACUAUCUUCCAAUAAGUUCCACGGCCAGUUAGCAAAAGGGCUCGGCAAUCUGAAGUCCCUGUCGUUCCUGUCACUUUAUAAUAAUAAUCUUACAAACAUAACAGAUGCACUUCAGAUUCUUGGAAGCUCCAAGAACCUCAGCACCCUUCUUAUUGGGCGUAACUUCAGGCAUGAGACCAUGCCAGAGGAUGACACCAUUGGCAGUUUUGAAAAUAUUCGGUUUCUUGGUAUAAGUGAUUGCCCAUUAUUCGGAAAAAUACCUUUCUGGAUAUCAAAGAUAGCAAAUUUAGAGAUACUAAUAUUGUCUAACAAUCAGCUCACAGGAUCGAUACCAGCCUGGAUCAAAGCUCUAAGCUAUGUCUUCUACCUUGACAUAUCAAACAACAGCCUCACAGGGGAAAUUCCAACAACAUUGACCGAUAUGCCAAUGCUAGAGUCAGCCAAGACAGAUGCCAAUUCGAACCAAAGGGUCUUCAUACUGCCUGUUUAUCCAACUCUAUCACAUCAAUAUCGCCAACCUUUUGCUUUCCCUAAAUUGCUGGAUCUAAGCAAUAAUAAGUUCACUGGUGAGAUCCCUUCGACGAUCGGUCAAUUGAAAUCCCUCCGUUCACUCAAUUUGAGCUUCAACAACUUAACAGGUCAGAUCCCAGAAUCAACAUGCAACCUCACAAGCCUGCAGGUCCUAGACUUGUCCAACAACAAUCUCACAGGUGCGAUCCCAGCUGCAUUGGACAGCCUGCACUUCCUUGCAGCGUUUAACGUUUCUGACAAUGAUCUAGAAGGUCCUAUUCCAUCUGGAGGCCAGUUCAACACAUUUGGGACUUCUAGCUUUGACGGGAAUACAAAGCUCUGCGGAUCUAUGCUCAUUCAUAAAUGUGGUUCGGCAGAAGCACCUCCUGUCAAUGUUCUGACAACAAAACAAACUGAUUACAAGGUGGCCUUUGUGAUUGCCUUCAGCACGUUCUUUGGUGUAGGGGUGUUGUAUGAUCAGAUAGUCUUAUCUAGGUAUUUUGGCUAG